AUGGUUUGUUUGGUACUCAAUGCACAAGCUAGAACUCAUCACACCUGCCAGAACCAAUUCAUGAUGAGUACUGAGGCACCACUGUGGAGUCAGAGAGCAACCAUUGAGGCUGUUGCUGAAAAGAAGCAGGUGAUGAUUGACGAGAACCUCGUCGAACAGUUCGUCUGCGGGGUAAAGGACAUUCAUCUACGCCGCCGCCUCCUGUGGCACCCCGACAUCACCAUGCAACAGGCCGUGGAUGAAGCCAGAGCAGCUGAGCUCUCGGAGCAGUCCACGGCCGACAUACAACGCAUGCAGCCUCUACCGCCAUCCCCUCCUGCGCUCCCUGUGUGCCCUCCGCCUGCCAUGCAAGCCUGCCUCAUCGAUGAGCUGGUGCUGCUCGAAGACCCCAGCUCUGAACAAGUCGUCCAGCUCCGGGCUCAACCUAGACGGCCACCACCUCCGCCAGCUGCCCCUGCCACGUCUGGGUGUGUGGGUUGCGGCAGCUGCCAUGCCCGCACAGCUUGCCCCUUCAAGGGUAUGGUUUGCCACCGUUGCGGCAAGAAGGACCACAUCGCCCAGGUCUGCCGUGCCUCCCUGCCUGCGCCGUCCUUCCUCCAGAAGCAUGCCGCACCUCAAACCCAGCCGUGCCACCAGCCGCCGCGGCCCGCGAGACGGGCUGAAGACUGCUACGCUGUCAACCAGCCUGAUGUUGCCGGGGAGACGCUCAGCCAGGCAUCCGCCGGUGCCCAGAAGGUCUCUGCAGUGCUCCAUCUGGAAGGUCAGCCCUGCCGCAUGGAGGUGGACUCCGGCUCCUUCCGCUCCCUACUCUCCUGGGCCACCUUCUCCCGCCUGUGUCCCCACAUCUCCUGUGACCAGCUACAGCCUGUGGACACCUCCCUCAGAGACUACCAGGGGACUCUUAUUCCCACCCUGGGGUCUUUUCCCAUUUGGGUGGACUAUGGGGACUUUCACGGCCGUUUGCCUGUUCUCAUUGUAAAAAACUCCCAGCCUGCUUUGUUGGGUCUUGAUUGGUUCCCUUCCCUGGGGCUGUCCAUUGGGGGGUUGCAUAGGGUGGCUGCAUAUUCCCUGGAAGAUGUCCUUACGGAAUUCGCAGACAUCUUUGAUGGCCAGCUGGGUUCUUACAAGGGCACCCCUAUUUCCCUUAACCUUGACCCCCAGGUUGCUCCAAUUCAGCUGAAGGCUCGUAGGGUGCCUUUUGCCUUGAGGGCCAAGGUUGAUGCCGAGCUUGAUAAGCUUCUGGCGCAGGGCGUACUCGAACCCGUCGACCACUCGCGGUGGGAGACCCCGAUUGUGGUCCCUGUCAAACCAGACGGGUCAGUGCAGAUCUGCGCUGACUCCAAGUCGACCAUCAACUUUGCCCUCCAGGCAAAUCCCUAUCCAGUCCCUGUCGUGCAGCACCUGCUCCAUUCCCUGGAGCAGGGCUGCACAUUUGCAAAACUGGAUAUGGCGCAGUCCUACCAACAGCUCCCGGUGGAUGGCAAUGUGGCGGCCGCCCAAACCAUCGUCACCCAUCGUGGGGCUUUUCGUUGCCGCCGCCUCCAAUUUGGCAUAUCCUUGGCCCCGGGGAUCUUCCAGAGCCUCAUGGAACGGCUGCUCCAUGGGCUCCCUGGCAUGGUUCCGUAUUUCGAUGAAGUUCUGAUCGCUGCUUCCAGCCACUCAAAACUCAUCGAAAUGCUUAGAAAGGUCCUCCUCCGUUUUAGGGGUGUGGGUUUAAAACUCAAACGUAGAAAAUGCUCAUUUGCUGUCCCUAGGGUGGAGUUCUUGGGUUUCUUGAUUGACACCCAAGGAAUCCACCCUACACCUGCUAAGGUUUGCUCUUGGGUCCUACGAGGAUGGCCCCUGGGGAAGGUAGCUGACAGCUUCCGGCCCUUUAAGGCCCGGCAAGCCGAAUUAUCCCUACAUGGUGGGUGCCUUAUUUGGGGGAAUUGGGUGGUGAUCCCUUCCACGCUGCGUGCCCAGGUCCUGCCUCUGCUCCACAAAGACCACGCUGGCAUAGCGCAGAUGAAAGUGUUAGCACGCAGCUAUGUCUGGUGGUGUUUGCUGGACUCAGAGAUUGCGGCCUACGUGGGCCGCUGCACUACUUGCCAGCUCUCCCGGCCUAACCCCCCAGCCGGGCCUUCUCGUGAGUGGGAGGGUCCGAGAGGCCUGUGGUCCCGCCUACAUGUGGAUUUUGCCGGCCCCUUCCAUGGCCAGACAUUCCUGAUUGUGGUGGACGCCUACUCUCGCUGGGUGGAACUGGUCCUCAUGUCCUCCACCUCAGCUGAGAGUAUGGUCAGGGACCUACGCCGUUUGUUCGCAACCCAUGGGUUGCCGGACAUAAUUGUCUCUGACAAUGGGCCCCAAUUUACUUCCACCACAUUCCAGGAAAUCCUGGCCUGUCAGGGAAUCCAGCACGUGCCCACAGCUCCGUACCACCCGGCCUGA